GGCAUGCCGCCGGCGUCACUGUCCCAGUCCAAGCCGCUCCCCUGCCUUCCCAUACGGAGGGCGUCGCGGUCGCACCGGAGUCGACCCGCAAGGACCCAAACAGGACCCUACGGGCCCAGAUCAGGGGGUCUGAAAUCCCCAUAUAUGGCUUGCACCAAGAACCUAUCAAAGCCGAAGAGGAACGUGCGACACCACCUGCACCGCCCCGCCCCUCGGCAAAGUUCAGUGCAUCAUCCGUCGUGAUUUUUACAGUAGCAUCAUCAGGUGGUCUCGAGCCAUAACCAGGUAACAUAGCGGCUGCCUUACGCGGAAGCUGAAGGAGGGCAAUGGCCUCCUUGAUUGCUCUGAUAGUUCAGCCGGUCCCUAUCUGUCCGAGUUUGAAUAGAAUUCGCACGUAUAAUGUACACGCGCGCGCUACGUACGUGUAAUUGCCGGCUGGCUGGGUGCAUGGUACGCCUCCCUCACGCUGCUGGUGCCUAAACCCAAUUAACAUGCACCUGCAUAAUAAGCCUUCUCAAAUAAAACCGAGUUUGAAUCGAAUUCCAUAACCGAGUCGUAGGUGGAAUGCAGACUAGCGUACGCGCUCUCCAUCUACAUAUACAUUGGCAUACGCAUACGGCCUUGUGAGAUCAGAAACCAAAACCAAUCUCUCCCUACCUCCGUCUACCUAGCUUUUGCCGAUCCAUCUCCACGAUUUUUCUCGCCGAAACAUGGGAUGGUCCACCUCAACGCCGCCGGGCAUGGGCGUGGCUGCCCUAGACCACGCCGUCACGGCCACACCAGCAGCGCGCAAGAAUCAAGGAGCAGCGGCCACUAGCAACGACUCCAACUCCCCAACAGCCAGCCGCUACCACCGCCUCGAGGUGCUCGGCACCGGGACAUUCGGCGUCGUCUACCGCGUGAGGGACCGGCGCACGGGAGAGAUCGCGGCGAUGAAGUGCCUGCGGACGAACGGCGCUCACGGCCGCGACGUCGACCGCUACCUCUCCGACUUCGCGAGCGAGGUCAGCGCCCUCGAGGCGUGCAGCGGCCACCCAUCCAUCGUGCAGCCGCGCGCCUCCGGCCACCUCCGCGGCGAGGCCUUCCUCGCCAUGGAGUUUGUGGGGCCAACUCUCAGACACGUCAUCAAGCAUGUCCGCUUCGGGAGGAGACACACCGAGCUGGAGGUUCGCCUGCUCAUGAGGCAGCUUUGCGCCGGCGCACGGAGGAUGAAUCGUCUCGGCCUCAUGCACCGCGACCUCAAGCCGGAGAACGUGCUUGUCGACGGCCGUGGGAACCUCAAGAUCUGCGACCUGGGGUUAUCGUGCAGCAUGGCCGAUGGGCCGCCUUACUCCAACCCCGUCGGGACACGGGGAUACCGCGCGCCGGAGCUUCUCCUCGGAUGCACGGAUUAUGAUGAGCAUGUCGACUCUUGGGCUCUUGGCGUCAUGAUGGCCGAGCUCCUCGCCGGCAAGCACCCUUUUCAUGGGAGGUCAGACACGGAGCACCUCAGCGAGAUCUUGGCCCUUCUUGGCAUGGCUGACAUCAAAGAGUGGUCGGGAUACGACGGGCGCCGUUUGCCCAGGGGAUGCCAACCAGAAAGCUUUCUGCGCAACAAGUUCCCAUGUCCCGCUGAGGCCAGGAUCAAAGGCCCGCCGACAUUGUCGGAGGCUGGUUUCGAGGUCUUGAGCGGUCUUCUACGAUGCAACCCGGAGAAGAGGCUCACGGCAGAGCAGGCGCUCAAGCAUCGGUGGUUCAAGGAAGCCAACCCGAGAGCUACAAGGAGCUGACCGGUGAAACAGCACAAUCUACAACGGCGUCUGAUUCAUGUAAACUAGAAAUGCAAAUAUUAAUUGUAUAUGAAUUGUAUGAAUGAGUCUGUAUGAGGUGUGAGAUAAGCAAGCAGUAGUUUUCCUGUGUACACAAUCUACAACGGCAUUUGAUCCAUUUUUAGUGUGGUUUCUUGCUCUUAUGCUAAGCACAAAUUCCCACAAGAUUUAUUUG